UGACAUUGCAGUGCGCACCAAAGCUGAUGAUGAUUGGCUGAUGUUUGAUUCAGCUUCUAAAGUAGGCUAUCAGGGUCGAAGCUCGCUCUCCAAUGCAUGAGGAUUUGGGACAGUAAUUUUAGAUAGCAUAUCUCUAUCUUUGUAUCAAUCAAUUAAUUACACGCAUGCAUUUGAAAAUGGGGACUUUAUUGCGUCGACGAGCUUCGGCGCUGCUUCUUGCGUGGGGUUAUUGUAUUUUGGCUGAGACAACUUUGUCUAACAUCACUCUUGAUAACGAGGUUCACUCCAGCUUCAUCCAGCGCCGUCUGAGGAGCCAGGAGCGCCGGGAGAUGCAGCGGGAAAUCCUCUCCAUCCUGGGGCUGCCCCACCGGCCCCGGCCGCAUAUCUACACCAAACAAAACGCUGCCCCGAUGUUCAUGCUGGAUUUGUACAACGCUAUUUCCACGGACGGACAACAGCCAGCAGGCUUUUCAUAUUAUAAGCCCGUUUUAACGACCAAGGGGCCCCAGAUGGUGACCCAGCAAAACAGUAUUUUCCUCAAUGACGCGGAUAUGGUGAUGAGCUUUGUCAAUCUUGUUGAGCUGGAUCAGAACGUCCCGUCCUCUCGGCGCAACAGGGAAUUCCGCUUUGACUUGUCCCAUAUCCCAGAGGGAGAAGCUGUCUCCGCUGCAGAGUUCAGAAUCUACAAGGACUAUAUCGGAGAACACUAUGAGAAUGAGACCUUCCAUGUGAACGUGUACCAGGUGCUACAGGAGCCCCCUGACAGUGAGGAGGACCUGUUCCUGCUGGACACACGUGUGGUGUGGGCUAUAGAGGAAGGCUGGCUGGUGUUUGACAUCACAGCCACCAGUAACCAGUGGGUAGUGAACCUGGACCAGAACUUGGGCCUGCAGCUAGCUCUAGAGAGCAUGGACGGCCAGAGUGUGAACCCCAGGCUAGUGGGGCUGGUGUGGGGCAGUGGGCUACAGGACAAGCAGCCCUUUAUGGUGGCCUUCUUUAAGGAAACUGAGGUUCGUCUCCGCAGCGUCCGCUCUGCCCACGGCCACAAGGGGCGCAACCCCAACCGCUCUAAAAACCCCAGGAAUGCCCAGGACGCGCUGAAGGUUGCUGAGGCUGCAGCAGAGACCCUCAGCACAGACCCGAAACAGGGCUGUAAGAAGCAUGAGCUGUAUGUCAGCUUCAGAGAUCUGGGAUGGCAGGACUGGAUCAUUGCACCUGAGGGCUAUGCAGCGUACUACUGCCAGGGCGAAUGCUCUUUUCCCCUCAACUCCUACAUGAAUGCCACCAAUCAUGCUAUUGUGCAGACUCUGGUCCACUUCAUAAACCCAGAGACAGUGCCCAAACCCUGCUGUGCCCCCACCCAGCUCCACGGCAUCUCUGUCCUCUACUUUGACGACAGCUCCAAUGUCAUUCUGAAGAAGUACCGGAACAUGGUGGUCAGAGCCUGCGGUUGUCACUGACCACCAUUAGACUUCCCCUUCUCAGGAUACACUGGGGCUGGUGGAGGAAGUGGAGGAAGAGGAGGAAAUGGGGAUUAUGCAGCAAAACUCAUUUAUUGCCUGAUCUAUAAGGACCUGCUGCUUCAGGACUGGCAGGAAGACUAACUGCCUUUAUUAUUGGCUGCAAAGUGACAAGUACUAGCAAUACUGCCUUAGCAGUAGAGACAUACUGCCCUAGCAGUAGAGCCAUACUGCCCUAGCAGUAGAGGCAUACUGCUCUAGCCCAACUACGAAGAAGAUCUUUGGCAUCUGGAUUGUCUCCACUACAUGGUGCAUUAAAGAUAGGGACAAGGCUACUCAUCUAGAGCGCAAUAGAAUUCCCAGUCAGUACCGUGGAGGAAUGAAACAUCACAGACACUGAACUGUCAUCCAUUUAUUUAUAAUCUCAUGUUUCUUAAGUGAACAAAGAAAGGAAAGUAUUGAUGAAUACAAAAAGAUAUCCCCCUGGAUAGAGGCAUGAGACUCAAAUGAAAUGCUAAAGAUGCUCCAAAACGGAGCAGAAUUAAGAAUUUAGCAAUUGCUUGUUUAUCCAUGAGUAGACAUUUUAAGAUGUGCCUUUGAACAAGAUAAAUCCAGUUUGGACAGUUCUGCUGUGUGCACCCAGCGCCUCUGUGUAAAACAAUUGCUGGAUAAAACUGCUGCAUCUGAUUGCAUUAGACAGUCUCUGAAAUGGGUUUACUUUGACACGUUUCUUUUUUACAGCAUAGCUAAUUUUUUUCCACAAACAGCUGAGUUUACUUUGAUUACGAUGAGAACAAAAUGGCUGUCUGUUUUUCCUUUGAACGGCAUGUAGGUGAUGAUGUAUUUUGCGGAGCAGAGGUCAGGUGUAAGACAUCUGGCUGUCUGUGUGCAGAUUCAGAGGCUGCUGCUGUGAGAGAUGGCAGAGCUGACGGUUCAUACGAGACUGUGUGGGAUUGAUA